AUGCUGAUGAACUGGACACUCGUCGAUGAUGCCGCCAUAGAGCCAAAGAAGGGGGCGUCUAAGCAAAAGUCGAAAGAGAAUUAUACGAAGUACAACGUCCGUACACCCGUCGACGAACCCGUUCUGGAUCUGGAAAACCUCGAGGCAAAGUCUAAGGGCAUGGCAUUCGUCGAUAACACCGGCAGAGGGUAG